AUGUUCCCUCCAAAUCAAAAGUACAUUAAACAACGAACACCACUUACUUCACAACCUAUAUCAUUAAAUCGGUACAGUGGUAAUGAUAAUUCUUCACAUGAAAUUUCUGAUGGUUGGUCUCAUGCGUUGCUUUUAGCAGAUUUAUCUAAACUCUGCUCGUCGUCAUCAUCAUCAUCAUCAUCUAUUAGUGAAGUAAGUAAAUCAGGCGAAAAAAAUUCUUUACAGUCCUUAUCUACUCCAAAGAAAAAUGAGGUUCCAUCCAUAAGUAUGGAGGAGGAGAGUUUAGUGUAUCUCUUAAAUCACUGUCGUUUCCCAGUAGAACAAUGGUGGAUCUCUUUGAAAUUAUUGACUCGCUGGAGACAGUUAUAUAUUGAGCGGACCUUUUCAGGAAAUAUUAGAACUGAUAAUAAGGUGUUUCCUACAAAUAUUUCUUCUGCAUCGAAAGCACAUUUAAUGCGAAAUCUUUCUUAUUGUACAAACUCUUGGGUUGAUGUCCUACGUCUUUACGAGAUAGCAACCAGAGAUAAAACAAAUCAUGAUAAUGUAUAUGGAUCCCAAAUAGAAUCUGAAAAGGAGUAUAGGAGAAAAAAAUCAAACCAAGGUGGACUUAGAUGGAUGCGUCACAUAGCCCUUACUUCUCUUUUGCAAGCUGGCCAAUGGAAGGAAUCUUUACAAUUUUAUCGUCAUAUGCUCUAUCAGCGAGAGACACCAAGUCAUAUAUGUACUGGACAUUUGGUACAACGUUUGGGAGAAGUGGGAUGCUGGACAGCAGUGAUUAAUAUUUUUGAACUCAAUCUCAAACUCCUAGAGGCGACUCGCUCACGUGAUGCCUUAUUAUCUGUAAACUUUGAAGAUUCUAAAUCUUUAGAACCUCUAUCAACAACAACAGUUGAAGCUUCUCAGAAAAAGGCAACUGAAUGGGGUACAAUGUUCUCUAUGGCACUUGAUGUAGUAAGUCGAGUUUGCCAGAAGCCUAAACUUGCUGUUAAAAUGUUUGAUGAAGCACAUAAAAAAAAUAUAAAUGGAUCUUUAUUUCGUUGGGAUGGAAAUUUUCUUUCAGCAGUUCAAGCACUUCCAUCAGAGCAAGAUCGAAUUUCAAUUCUUCGCCGUGCCAGAGUUGCAGAUCAAUUGGAUAUUUUUAAACUUAUUCGUGGACUCAUUCAUCAUAAAAAAUGGAUAGAGGCAAUUGCUCUAUUUGAAGAAGGACUCACACAUAAAAAGAUUAGCCGAAAGGAAAUUGGACGUUGUCGAUUGGGUAUUCUACACACUACUAAUACCGAUAACGUUCAAAUUGUAUUACACAUAUUACAAAAGAUUAGUGGACGUCCAACAGGUUCAUUACGGCUUAAUGAUGCCGAAGUGGAGUGUGUGAUCUCUAAAGUUCCUCCCCUUAUGGAAUCCUUAAUAGGAAGUGGGAAGUCUAUAUCUAAGGCACAUUGGCAGUUUUGUUUACAGGUCCUUUCGGAGAAUUACACGUGUUUCUCAAGGAAAGGGAAUAUCCAGCAAUCUUUACGGCAGGAUGAACGCCGUCCAACAAUACACAUGUUAUCUCUAUUACUUCGAAACUCUUCCAUUCCGUGGUAUAAGGCACUUGGUUUACUUAGUUUAUCUCAAAUCCUGGAUAACAGAGAUGUAAUGAGUGGAAAUGAAAAAUGUAUUAGUUCUACAUCGAGUAAGGCACUUAUGUUUAACCAUAUUAUAGAGAUUCUGCACGCACAAGGGGAAUAUCAACGAAUGAAGGAACUUUUGGAAAAGAUACUACGUACAUCUGAGUUAUCACCCUCAUCCGGAAUGCUUGAAUUUGUUCCACUAGAGUUCUUAUUAUUAAAUGAGAAGGAACCUGAUCGAAAUAAACUCAAAGUGGAGGAUACUGUACUUUAUCAUUAUAUACAGAACACUUUAAACUGGAGUCGGGCUUUGUCAUUAUUGCUACUUGUCGAACAACAACGUGCUAGUGUUAUUUCAGAUAAUACUAGUAUUGAUAAUAAUACUAAUAAUACUACUAAUAAUAGUAAUAAUAGUAUGAUAGACCCACUUCACACUUUACCUGCUUCUGUUCACUGUGGAGCUCUUAAAAUGUUAAGACGUUGUGUUCCUCAAAAUAAUUUAUGGAUUCUUUCUUUACAUUACUUUCAGCAUAUCGUAUCAAAUACGACUCGCCUAUCCGGAGAAUCCCUUCAAAACCCCAAAAUAACUUCACACUUGCAACUGUCCAAUAAAGAAAUGGAAGUUAUUAUUUAUUCCAUUAUGUAUGAGACUUUACUAAAUCUUCUUUCCGAAUCGCCAAUCGUCUCUGGGAGUUUACGAGAAAAGAUGUGUUUUCAAUUGGUAGAACGUGUUUUGGAGAUUUGUAUGGGACGCAUUCCUACGCAUAUGCUUCUUCCUAAUCAAAUGGAUCGACUCCUUCCGCGUUUCUCUUCUGGAAAAGAUGAUUUAUUAAAUGUGGAACAGCGUACACGAGUAGGAAUGAAACUCGCAAGAUGUGUUAUUGGGAACAUCUCCUGUUUAUGA